UUCAUAUGUCUUCACCUCACUCAUCUUUCAUUUUCUUGUAAAAUAAAAGGUGGUAUUUAGAUCUCUGUAGCUUUAAAAUAUGAAGACUGUAUGUAAUUGCAGGUCUUCAAAUGAUAAUUAUCUUGGUUGAACUUACGCUUGUAUUAGUUAUGGUUCACACAUUUUACCUCGGUUUACAGUUUUGUCCCGUUUUCUCCCAAGAGCUCAGUGGUUCAAUAGGAGCCCCAGAUGUCAAAUUAAACCUUGGUGGAGAUUUUAUCAAAGAAUCUACAGCUACUACAUUUCUGAGACAGAGAGGAUAUGGCUGGCUUUUGGAAGUUGAAGAUGAUGAUCCUGAAGAUAACAAGCCACUCUUGGAAGAAUUGGAUAUCGAUCUAAAGGAUAUUUACUACAAAAUCCGAUGUGUUUUGAUGCCGAUGCCAUCACUUGGUUUUAAUAGACAAGUGGUGAGAGACAAUCCUGACUUUUGGGGUCCUCUGGCUGUUGUUCUUUUCUUUUCCAUGAUUUCAUUAUAUGGACAGUUUAGGGUGGUAUCAUGGAUUAUAACUAUUUGGAUAUUUGGUUCACUAACAAUUUUCUUACUGGCCAGAGUUCUUGGUGGAGAAGUUGCAUAUGGCCAAGUUCUUGGAGUUAUAGGAUAUUCAUUACUUCCUCUCAUUGUAAUAGCCCCUCUACUUUUGGUGGUUGGAUCAUUUGAAGUGGUGUCUACACUUAUAAAACUGCUCGGUGUGUUUUGGGCGGCUUACAGCGCCGCUUCACUGUUAGUGGGUGAAGAAUUCAAGACCAAGAAGCCUCUCCUGGUUUACCCAAUCUUUCUCUUGUACAUCUAUUUUUUGUCCUUGUACACUGGGGUGUGAGCUAAGUCAUGUAUAAGCAGAAAAAGACAGUGCCACACUUGUGUGAAGGCUGGGAAUUCUUGCUGACGGGAUUGAAGAGAACCAGUUGCUGAUAAAAUUUUACAUGUUCCAGAUGUAAAGACAGGUUUAAGGGUUUUUUUUAGAAACCAACAUUUUUUUCAUAUUUAAUUAAGCAAUUGCAAUUAUCUGGAUUUUUUUUUUUUUUUUUUUUGGUCAGAAUUCUAAAUUCUGUUUGAGUCUUCAUAUUCCAGUAAAUAAAAUAUAAAAGAAUUGUGUUUUUAAGAUUGUGUUGAUGUUUCUCCUAAAAAUUUGUGCCAAAAGCACCUGGAAUGGUAAUUAUACUUCACUUAAAGGGUAAAUAAGACAACAUCCUGAUAAUCUAAAAGUGCAAUUUUUUUCUUUAAAGGGUUUCUCCUGCAUUGCAGAUCCUGUAGAUAUAUAUUUAUAUUUAUACGUAUAUAUUUAUGAAAUAAUUCUUAUUCACAAAAUAUAUUUCUGAAUAGCCAAAAAUUAAGAUAUUUUAAAUCUGAUGCUUAAACUUUAAUUUGGCCAUUAAUCUUUUUAUUUAUAAAUUUAAAUUUGUUUUUUAAAUUUUAUAUAAUUUUUAAAAUCUAAUACAUGCUUCAGUAUGUCCUUGUUAAGAAUUCUUAAUAACAACUAAAACAAAUUUUGACAUUUGUUGGUGUAGAUUUGGUUUGUUUGGGUGCUUUUAAAAACCAUUUUUAAUAUCUAAACAUUAAAAGUUUCUGUUUAUCUUUCUGACCAAAGGAGCAAAAGGUACAAUGGAUAUGACAUUCAUUAAAAUUGUCAAUAUGUAGAAAAGCAGUGAUAUUUAUAGCAUCAGUAAAUAUUUUUAAGUGGUAUUCCUAAGUCAUAAAAGUUGCUCAAAAGAGACCUACAAAAUCUUGUGGUCCUGAACAAUGUUAUAUGAAGUAGAAAAAAAUAAAAUGCUUCCCAGCUGUGUUUUGCAUUAUAACACCUUGUCCUGUAUUACUUGAUAUUUUAGCAAGUAUCAGGUACUCUGACAAAUGUACAAUAUUUGCUAAGGGAAAUAGUAAGAAAUUUUAGCUGGUGAAAUUUUGUUGCAAAUAAUUACAUAGACUCUAUAUGUACCUUUAAUAUUACUUUGUAGAUAAAAUAUGUUUAUAAAAUAGAAAAUGCCUAAUAACUAUUAGCAAAAUAUUGUAUUAUUUGUUCUGUUCUGAGCUGGAAGGGUUAAACUGCUGUCCUCAAUAUGAUAACGUGGCCACCUCUUGGUAUGUAUUCCUUUAGCAGUCUUAUCCAUCAGGAAAAAUCCAGUAACUCUGAAGCUAGCCUAUAAAUUAUCAAGAUAUCAAGCCCAUCUCUCUUCCUCCUACCCUCUCCUCCACCCAAAAAGAAAGAAAAAACUUACUUUAGGCUGCAGGAAAAGUGUGAAUCUACCUUGGAACCAGAAUAAUGUGGAAAGUUUCAUGUGCUGAUUUUUUAAACAAGUUUAAGAAAACAGAUUGGAAGCACAAGAGGGAUGGAACUUCUAGAACCUAAAAUGAUAUGAUAUAAUGAGGAAAGAUCUAUAACUGCAGAAGUAUAACUGUAAAGUAAAUACUUGUCAUACCUAAGGAGUUCCUGAGGGCCAAUACUUUGUUACGGUGGAUUAUUAUAUUU